CGGGAGGCGCUGCCGUACGUGUGCGAACUCAUCCAGGCAGGAGGCGGGUGACGCCGUGUUCGUGCCCAGCGGCUGGCACCACUGCGUGGAGAACCUGGCCGCCACGCUGUCGAUUAACCACAACUGGGUCAACACCCAUAACGCACAUUGGAGCUGGGCGCUGCUGAGGGCGCAGUACGCGCAGGCAGCGGAGCAGAUUGAGGACUGCAGGCCGCUGUGCGCUGCUGAUGAGUUCGAGGAUCUGGUCCAGGGCAACCUGGCGGCGGAGGCGGGGCUGGGCUGGGGCGGGUUCGUGGAGCUGCUGGGGUGUGCGGUGGCGAGGGCGCUGAGGGACAUGGACGCGGACAUGGACAUGGACAUGGACAUGGGUGGCAGGACAUGUCAAACGGCCGAGGAUGGCGCUGCUGCUCGCCGAGUGGUGGAGGAGAUGACUGUUAAGGAGGCGGAGGAGGCUGGCGCGUUGUAUAUGAAUGGGCUACUGGCCUUGCAAAGGGCAGGUUUGGUGCUCAUAGACUUUGUCCAGGCGUCUGAGGAGUUGGUGCUGGCACCGGCGAGGAAAGAGGCAGCGCGAAAGACGCGCCGCGGAGGGGAUGCGAAGGAGACGGAGGACGCGCUUCGGCGCUUGCAAGAGAAGCCAUCCUUCACAAGAGCUAACGAUUUGCUUCUAAUAUGCCAGCAGAAGCUUGGCCCGUUGUUAACUUAGUCGGUUGGGUCUGCCGGAGUUCAGUUGCUGUCAGUUACCCGCGAAGAGACACUCUUGCGUGUUGUCUGUGAUAUGUCGCUCGUUAAGAUUCACCUGACAUAUCCUUCUUGACCGACUCCUAUAACUUCGCGACAAGCGUGCAUUCUUUUCCAAUUUUGUUCUAAAGUUCUUCUUCACCUUAAGUUCGCGGCCUUAUAGAUGCGACGCUCGGACAAAAUAUAUAAUUGGAUAACAUAGGCGUAGCAGGUUCCUUAACUUGCACACAGUGCUGCAGCGAGGGCUUUCGCAUUGUAUGUUCCCUUGCGUCGCACGACAACGAGUAGCGGUUGCGCUCCUUUUGGCGACCUCCUGGCAGAUCGUAGCUGGCCAAACGCUAUGCCUCAAGUUCUCUACCGCGGCCGGACAAACUCAAUUCGAUGAUGCCUGCUGGGCACAAGACCCCUGCGGCCGCAAUGUCACCAUCCCAGCCGCCUGGAACUACUCCACCCCCUGCCCCUCCGCCUCCUCCUCCAACUCCUCCACCGCAUGCGAGGCCCUGCCAGCGCAGUACGGCAGUUGUACUGCAUGGAUCCAGAUCUCCAACACCACCCGGGUGGCCUGCCGCGCGCUGCAGUGCUGCGCCAGCACCUACGGCCAGCGCUACAACGCCACCUACUGCACCCCCAAGAAUGUGACGUGCAUGGACAGCGGGCCGGGGCUCAUAUCGUGCAUGCCGUACUCGGCAUGUCCGGCAGGCAGUGUCGUAUCCGCAUCAGGGGGCUGUGUGACGGCGCCGCCCACAUCCCCGCCGCGACCGCCCUACCCACCGCGCCCGCCGCCCUUCCCGCCGCCAUCUCCCAAACCACCCUCUCCCAGCCCUCCCC